UGCGCCGCACCCAGGAGCAGCAGAGAGGACAAGGGACCGUUUCUGCGAAUUUUGGGGACGAAAAGAGACAAGUCACCCCAAACAGACCCGCAGGAAUCAUGGGGAGUGUGUUCCUGCCGGCGGAUGCAGCCCACUCUGUGCUGCGGCGGCUGCGCAGGGCCAACUUCUUGCUGGAGGAGAUGAAGCAGGGUGACAUCCAGAGGGAGUGCCGUGAAGAAAUCUGCACCUAUGAGGAGGCCCGCGAGGCUUUUGAGAACAAUGAGAAGACGAUACAGUUCUGGGAGGAAUAUGUGAGGGAGAGCAGUCCAUCUGGAGGGCUGGAGACAGUGGUGGGUGGAGUCCACUCUCUCUACUUGAUAGUGCCAUUGCUGCUGGUUGUGUUCAUCAUCGCCGCCGUUGCCAUCACUGUUUGGCGCUGCCACUCUCGCAAGCGCUCACAGCACAGCCCCAGCCUGGGACACUCGCAUCACGACCAUGUCCUGUCAGUGGUCUCUAUGGACCAUUGGGGGAGGGAUUACCACCAUGGUGACCAAUCAGAACUCAGUGUCCACAGCAGCCCAGCUUAUCCAGGCUCAGAGAUCACAUCAGGGAGAGGAAGUGCUGGAGACCCACCGCCAUCUUAUGAGGAGGCUGUUGGCCAUGCAGACGUCCAGAUAGAGACGGAGCCACCUCCACAGUACGAGGAUAUAGUCACCACCAGCACUGCUAGUGUCAAUGGCCAUGGGAAGUAAACCUGUCCUUCACUACCACCCCAACAAAAGCCCUAACCUACACUAAGACUAUCUUAUCAUCUAGCAAAGCCACUAUUGUGGUUUCACCAGCCUUCCUCAUUCAACACAAACAGAAACACUAAUAAUUGUCUGGUCAAUGGACUAAUGCAACCUUUGCCAGAGCCAGUGCUGUUGAAAUUUGCACUAACUUUUCAUCAAUGACAUGAAGUGAUGGCAGAAAGGAGCAAAUAAUACUGCAAUACCAAAACCAACCAACACCUCUGCUGAAUUUCCUAAAGUUGCAUCUAUGCUGUCACUCUGUAGCAAAUUAUUUAACUGCAGGCAUAACAAAUGUUGCAUGUGGUGUAAAGAAGAAAAGGUUAGGGUUGCCAUAAUGAAGGACAACUAUUCUAAGUGUAUAUAGGGUUUGGACCAAUGCUUUAUUGAAGGUUAGUGCCAAUUUUUAGACUUGAAUGCUUAAUAAUAGAUGUUUUGCUCCUAUUUUUACUAUGUUUAAAUUUGACUGCUCAAAAGUAAGUACUCACUGUUUCCAUUUACAGUUUUCUAUACUGCAAAACUUUUGUUUUGCAAGGUCAAACAAACAACAACAUUUAAAACCACAAAAAAAUUCCAGUGAAACUCAGACUUAUUAAAGUUGCAUUAAAUUAUUUUUGACCACCUGGGGGCAGAAGAAUCAAAAACAAAUUCAAAAUCAGGUCUAUCGUUUGUUAUAGCUAGCAUGUUAGAGUGGCAAACUAUUUUUUAAUCAUACACAUAAAAGUCGUUUAUGUCUUUACACCUGUCCAUUUCUGCUGCAUCCAACAUGCUGACUACGAAAACCAACUGCUCACUUACCCUCUAAUAUAUCCCAGGCCUUAAAAUGCGCCAUUGUUACAAGAUAAUCCAUGUUACUCACCUCAUCUUCAUCAGAGCAACACGAGUUUUAUACAACGGUUCACUCCUAGAUGACUAAUCUAAGUCAAGUACUUUUUUGUUAUUUCUGGUUUGGUUGACCAGUUCAUGACAAAAAUAUCUGGGUCACUAUUUGCUCAUUUACUUCAGCUCUUUGCAGGGCAGG